UCAAUACAGGGGGUAGUCCACAAAAUACAUCUCCAUAAGCAACUUCCUCCCUCCCCUCUGGUAGCCGUGUAUGGCGGGAUCUCUUCUCUUCUGACCAUCCAUCUACUCACUGUACAAAGCUACAAAACUUCUCCUUUAAUCAUCUCACCAAAUCAUGUGCCAUCUAUCCAGAACAUAUCCAACCUCAGUUUGAGGUUUGGAAUUUGUGUGUUGUGGAUUAUGUUUCAGGUAAGAGCCCUGGUUAAAAGGCCUUGAAUGGCAUCAUUUCCUCUGUAUGGAAAUGUGAAGCUUCUCUCACUAUCCAUGCCUCUAGAUGGCUGAUCUAUAGAUUUAAUCGGAAGGAAGACAAAAUUUCUGUUCUUCAGGGUGGACCAUACAUUGUGUAUGGUAAACCUCUUAUUUUGAAACAGAUGACGAAGUUUUUUGACUUCUCCAGUGAGGAGAUGACGAGGGUUCCUGUCUGGGUAAGAUUUCCAAACCUUCCCCUUUGCUAUUGGUCUCCUGUGUGUCUGUCCAAAAUUGCCAGUGUUCUAGGCAAGCCCAUCCAGUGUGACCAUAUGACCUCUACUCUCUCUCGCCUGUCUUAUACAAGAGUUCUUAUUGAACUUGACCUUCGUGAAGACACUCAACAAUCUGUAGUGGUGUCUCUGCCAUCUGGUCUAGUGCUUCAACAAAAGGUAGUCUAUGAAUCUCAACCUAAAUUUUGCAAUUUAUGCAAUGCCAUUGGCCAUACCCGACUUCUCUGUUCCAAAGCUGCAUCCAAUAUCAAAGAUGGGGGUUGUGCUCAGGUUAACCAUGCAAGCAAAGAGGGAGUCUUUAGUAGACUGGGUCCCCACAUACAGCAACAUGUGCAGGUCCCAAUCAAGGAUUCGCAAGAACAGAGUCAACCAUUAACAGUUCAGUUUCCUCCUAUAGCUACAUCAACCUCUCUUGUUGUGGCUCCUUAGUCUGUUGGUCCCAGUGUUACUCCUGAUGAAGGCUGGAUCACGGUGGAGUCUAGACGAAAGUCCAAUAACCAUGUUAAAAGCCCCUCCAAAGGGAAGACAGUGAAUGCUAUUGAAGAUGUGUCUGGUAAAACUCCCUGCCAUACUCUUACUAUUCCUGUAUGUGCAGAUGCUAUUGUCCAUCUGCCUAGUACAGGAAUUGUUGUUACUCUAGAAUGUGCAAAUACUGUUACUACUGCAAGUGCAGAUGUUGUUACUCCUGAAUGUGCAGAUACUGUUACUACUGCAUGUGCAGAUGUUGUUACUCCUGAAUGUGCAGAUGUUGUUUUGACAGUUGCUUCUUCUAGCUUGAGGCCUCCCAAUCCGGGAGAAGGUAUUCUGGCCUCUCAGCCUUUAGAAGUUCCUUUGUUGGGGAAUUCAGUCAGGACCAAUGUGAAGCAUAAUAGCAUGAGGACCAAUACUGGUAGUAGAAGGGCCAUCCCUUCUCCUGCAUCUCCAUGAUUAUAUAUAGUUGGAAUGUCAAGGGUCUCAAUAAUCCCCUGAAGCAACAUGAGGUGGUUGGCCUCAUGAAGAAAUUCCGUAUGGAUAUUUGUGGAUUGCUUGAAACUAAAUUGACUCUCUCUAGGGUAGCCAGGCUGCACAGGUUGCGACUUCGGGAUUGGAAAUAUAUCUCUAAUGCGAAUGCAGCAUCUAUUGCUCAUAUUGUGGUUUUUUGGAAUCCUUCCACAGUCUCUGUUGAUCUAAUUUCUUCCACUGCUCAAGCCCUACAUCUUUCUGUUCAUAGCCUUAUCUCUCAAUACAACUUUCAUGUUACUUUUGUGUGUGGAUACAACUUUAUUUAUGCUAGAAGGUCUUUAUGGGCGGAUUUGAGAUGCUGGAACUCCUCAUGUCCCUAGAUGCUUCUUGGUGAUUUCAACUCUGUUCUUUCUUCUGCAGACAAGCACAAUGGUGAGCCUGUUUCUUCCUAUGAAACUUUUGAUUUUCGUCAGUAUUGCUUAGACCUUGGCCUCCAGGAUGUGAACUAUACUGGUUGUCACUAUAGUUAGACCAAUGGUACUGUGUGGAGCAAACUUGAUAGGGUUCUGACAAAUCCAUAUUGGUCUUCCCUUCAUCACUUGACUCACGUUCACUUUGAUCCUCCUGGAGCUUUUACAGACCACUCUCCUGCCAAAGUUAGUUUGGAUCAUCCUGUUCAAGGCAAGAGAAACUUCAAAUUCUUCAACAUGUGGACUUCCCAUGAUCAAUUCCUUGACGUGGUCUCUACUCAUUGGUCCUCUGAUCUAUAUGGCACUCCUAUGUAUCUUUUGUGUCGUAGGCUGAAGAUUUUAAAGAGGCCUCUUAAGGAGCUCAAUCGACUACAUUUCAGCCACAUCUCAGAACAUGUUUCUCGCCUUGAAACUGAGUUGGCGACUCAUCAACUAUCCCUGCAUCAUGACAGAGACAAUCACCAUUUAUUGGACCAGGAAAAGCUUCUUAGAUCAAAGCUUUCACAAUUGAAGUUUGUAGAGAAACAAUUUUUCAGCCAAAAGAUCAAAUGCAAUUUUCUUAAAGAAAGUGAUAGAGGCACCAAGUUCUUCCAUGAACUGAUGAAUCAUAAUCACAGAAGGAACUUUAUUCCAGCAAUUAUGACCGGCCAUGGUCGUCAAAGCUCCUCUUUGGAGGAAGUUGGAGGCGUCUUUGUCAAUUACUUCCAGUAGCAACUUGGCAUGUCCAACCCCACUAUCCCUUUUGAUAGUGCGGUUAUCCACAGUGGGCCAUGUCUCUCUAGUUCUCAUGCUCUCUUCCUCUCUCCGGCCACUCAUGAUGAUAUUCGAAAGGCAGUUUUCAGCAUAGGGGAUGAUAAAGCACCCAGGCUGGAUGGCUAUUCUUCAUUUUUUUUCAAGCGUGCCUGGCACAUAGUUGGGGAAGAUUUUUGUGUUGCUGUUCAAGAUUUCUUCCUUACUAGUCAGCUCUUUCGGCAGGUUAAUCACUCCAUCAUUGCUUUGGCCCCUAAAUCAGCUAAUGUUACAUCUCCAUUUGAUUUCAGGCCCAUUUUCUACUGCAAUGUAAUUUAUAAGGUCAUUGCAAAGAUUCUGGCUGGUCGACUGGCUCAUGCACUUACAGAUAUUAUCAGCCCUUUGCAAAAUGCCUUCUUGGGUGGACGAUUUAUGAGUAAUAACAUCAAUCUUGUCUAGGACCUACUCAGACAUUAUGGCAAGAAACGUUCCUUUCCUCACUGUGUAAAUACUGAGAUAAUCAAGGUUGAAUUAAAUUAAAGAAAAUAAACUAAAAUAAAAAGAAGUGGGGGCAAAACGAAUACACUCAAAGAAAAUAGGGCCUAAAUGCAAAUAAAAAUAAUUAUAGAGCAUAAAUACUACUCUUCUUACCAAAAAAAAAUCUGCAACUAUCGUGAAAAAAGAAGAGAGGGAGUUUUGGUAUCUAUUUUUACAGAUCAAGAGAGAAACACCAAAUUUCAAGAACCCACACUACCAGAAAUUCGCUUAAUAGCAACGGAUUUACAGACAGACUAUUUCUGUCGGUAAUUUGAGGUUGACAUUACCGACGAAACUUUUUCUGUUUGUAAUUCAGUCGGUAACUACCGACGGAAAGUGUCUGUCGGUAGUUACCGACUGAAUUACGGACGGAAAGUUCAGAAUUAAAAAAAAAGGCGGGUUGUUGACGUGGAGGUUUUGGCGGGGUUAUUUUUACCGAUGGAAUCACCGACGGAUUCGAAAUGGCAUAUAUGUACGAUGACGUGUCGAUUUUUCUGUCAGAAUAGCCGACGGACUCACCGACGAAAAAUCCGUCGGAAAAAGUUAAUAUAUGCCCUCUCUGCUGACCCUCUCCUCCCCUAUUUCUCCUUCUUCUUCCUAAUCCCAACUCUCCCCAUCUGCAAACAACCAGCCCCCCCUCCCCUCCAAACAAAAAUCUCCCUCAUCUCAGCACAACAAGUUAUAUUUCUUGAAGUUUUGUGGUCACAACAUCCGUGUUCUGAUUUACCGACGGAUUUUUAUGCAUAGAAUGAAAACCAGAGCUGGUCGCUCACGUAUGGUCGCAGCUAGUUCGUCUAGCAGCGAGGAUGAUAUUUCCUUAGGUGCCUCUCAAGAAGAGGCACCUACACCACCUGCGCCGUCAACCGAUGCUGCCUCUUCCAGCGCUAGUUCACAGCGCAGAGGCGGCGUGCCUUCGCAGUGGAAUCAAUUUACCCGCAAGUACGAGGCACAGUGGAAGGACGACCUUUCAAUGUUCACAAACAUUGAGGCCUCCCGAGUAAUAUCAUCGACGUUUAAAUCGUCGAUGGAGAUUCUAUUGUUUCAAUGGAGUCAGAUAUCCAAGCAUCCUGAAUGAAUGCCUCAAAUCAAUGUAUAGUUUGACAGAUUUGAGGACAAAUUCUACUGGGAUAGUGAGCAUAACACUGUUAUGAGGAGGGUGUGGGAAAAUCAUGCGGCAACUAGCACAAAAAAGGGCAAAAAAAACUGUGAGAGAUAGGGGUUUCCAAGGCUAGAACGAUGUUGCGGUUUGGAGGGAUUUCAAAUCGAUAUACAUCCAGGAAGAUAUAUGGCCGCCCUAUCUUGAGCACGUGAUGUUUGAGCGGUUCACACGACGUUCACAGUCUGGUGUUGGCAACCGGAAUCGGCCAAUUCAUGGCUCGGUGACAACGCACAUUGACGGCUCCGUUCCGUUUGGUGCAAAUGCAAAAUGGAUGGCUACGUCUCUUGGACGUGAGUCGAGCCCGAUGGAAUUGUUUGUGGAGACGCACGUGCGGAGUCAAGACCGCCAAAAAGGGGCGCAACAGUUCGUUGACAACCAUGCUCAACAUUUCGUGGAGACCUAUAAUAAUCGGUUGAGGGAGAGAUACGAGGACGAUACUUUGACCCAUCCGGAAUUUGAUCCGGAUUUGUGGAUGGAGGUUGGAUCGUCAGGUGGACCCGAUAAAAAUCGAGUUUACGGGCUCUCCAACACUACGGCCGAUAACUUGCGGUCGGCCCGUAGUGUUUCAACCGUUGGGAGCUCCCAAUCAAUAUCGAGCUCCCAAUCUAAGGAGGUCGUGGCCUUGCAGCAACACACGGCUCAGCUCACCGAAAAAUACGACCACCUAUCAGCAGAGUACGCACAACUCAAAGCGUCUCAAGCACAACAAAGAGCGGAGUCUGAACAACAAAAAAUGGCUUAUGAACAGCUUCGCGAAAUGGUCAUGAACAUGGCAACACAGAGUGGAACAUGUGCGCCUAAUCCUUUUUUGCCGUAUAACCACCAGCCUCCUCCUCCUCCUCCUCCAGCUCCACCUUUAUAUUAAUUUGUAAUAAACAUUAUUUACCUUUAAAAUUUCAUUUAAAAUUUUUUUAGAAACACAUUCAGUUUGUAAUGAAUAUUAUUUAACUUUGAUUUUUUGUUUUCGAUGUUUAAUAUAAAUUUUAUUUGCAUAA